AUGAAUACAGAACAACGCUUUCAACCUAAACUUAGUCGCAUUUUGGAUGUAAAUUACAAAUAGAUCCCAAAUAAAUUUAGAAAGUAGGCUACAUAAAGAAGAAUCCAAUAAAAUAAUCAAUUCGAAACUGAAUCUUAAGGAUUGUUAGGAUUGACCAAUCUAGGAAAUACCUGCUUUUUAAAUUCAUCUAUCUAAGCCUUAUCAAAUACAUAACCACUAACUGAUUAUUUCAUGUCAUAACUCCAUGUGAAAGAGAUAAAUCCUGACAAUCCCCUCUCUAGUUAAGGCAACAUAGUCCAAUCAUUUGCCUAACUCAUUAGACUACUAUGGUAGAAAGUAGAUUAAUAUACUCUUGAGGAAAUAUAGGCUUUGAAACCGACACAAUUCAUAUCAACAAUCGGAAAUUAUAAUCCUAUAUUUGCAGAAGGUACCUAAGAAGAUGCCCAUGAGUUUAUUGCUUUUCUCUUAGAUAUGAUUCAUGAAGAUUUGAAUAGAAUUAAAAAGAAACCUUAUGUAGAAUAAACUAAAUUUACCAAACUCCCAACUAAUGAUGAUGCGCAUCAAGAAUGGACUAAGUAUCUAUCUAGAAAUUAGUCCAUCAUUGUUGAUUUAUUUUAGGGACACAUGCUUGACACCUUAUCUUGCUUAACAUGUAAGUCAUCUAGAUAUUGCUUUGAACCUUUUAUGUAUUUGAGUGUGCCUGUGUUGAGUAGAGAAUGUGAUUUAUUGGAAUGCAUUGAGGAAUUCCUGAAAACAGAAACUCUCACAGGCGAUGAAGGAUGGAAUUGCACCAAGUGUUCAUAAAGAAGAGACAGCAAUAAAAAGAUUGACUUAUGGAGUAUGCCAAACAUUCUGAUAAUACACCUAAAACGAUUUAAAUUUAAUUCUUAAUUCAGAGCUAAAAUCAGGUCAUUAGUCAGGUAUCCUUUAUAGAAUUUAUCAUUUGAAAAUCUUGUUUGUACAAAACAAAUAGAAAAACCAACCUAUGAUCUCUAUGCAGUUAUCAAUCAUAGUGGCACACUAACAUCGGGACAUUACACUGCUUAUGCCAAAAACAGAGAUGAUUUGCAAUGGUAUCAUUAUAAUGACUCUCUAGUAUCACCAGUUUCAUAACCAGAAAAUUAAUCUGAUGCUUACUUAUUGUUUUAUUUUAAAAAUAGUGUUGAAGAAUUCAAAAGGUAAACGCUCGAAGGAGUCAAUGUUAGCUAAUAGCGAAGAUCUAUAAUAAAUACAAUAGUGGUCAAAUAAACCAUGCUUAACGUGCAUUCCCAAUAAUCUAAUAGCAACAUCUCUGAGAAUAAAAGGAACAACAACAACUUUUUUGUUCCAUCUAUUUCAAGUCAAGCUUAAAAAAGAAUGCUGUUUAGAAGAUAAACUAAGCAUUUUCAAAUUGUUAAAGCACAAGAUCAGCCUUCAUUCUAAUAGGACUCUAUCAUAAUAUAGGAAGAAAACUGA